AAACAUCCGCAGUAGUCGUCUGGUAGAGUAAAAUAGGGCUACGCGAUUUUACUUGAUUAUUCCCGAAAACAAGUCAUUCCAUGUACAAUUUGCUUUUCUGAAUGUCUGAAUCUUUGAUUUUGAGAAGAGGAAAAAAUAGAAUAAUUUAAACUUACUGUGUGCCUUCUGCUCUUGUUGAUAAAGUAGCCAAUGUUAAAGAGAAUUCGUUACAGUCGUGCAUGACGAAUGUGUUCAAGAUAAGAAAAUAAUAUGCCGCUCGCUAGUCGCUGUAUUGCUUGGUGGGUGUUAGUGGCUUUCACAGUUGCAGUUAUAGUUUAUUUUGGAUCAAAUAAAAACCCAAGAAAUGCCCUGGAUAACUUAUUUCAAAAGUGCUCUGAAAAUAAAGGGACCAGUAACGAAGAUACAAAUAUACUCUGUUUAUGGCUAAAAGAUUCAAAAAUUCUUGAUCUUGCCGGGAGGUUACCAGAAUUAGGUGUGAAAAAUUUAGAAGAUGUCUAUAAUUUGGAAGAUCUCAAAAUCAAGACACUGCUUGGUCCAGAUGAAGCACAAAGAUGGUUAUCGGCUCGCCGAUCGCUUCCCUUAGAUCCAAGCAAGUUGCCCGGUCUAAAGGAAAAGUUUUUGAUUGACUCAGCUCAACAGGCAGCUUGGAAAUGGGUGAAAGAAAUCGCCGUUUUGCUACUUAUUGUCUGGGGAAUAAGUCGUCUAGCUAUCAGCUGUGGCUUGAUUCGGUCUUUUUGUCCAAUUUCUGCAAACGGCCCUGUUUCCCUUGGGAUCAUUGACUUUUUCGUCGAUGCUGAUAUUAAACAAACUUUUUUGCACUGGUUAAGUGGAAACAGGGCACUAGCUAAAAACGCUCAAGUCGAUUUCCAUUGGGAAGAACCUCUGAUGGUUGGAAACACUGUAUCCUUUACUGUUCAAUUUUUUCAACGGUGGAGUAGAAGACCAUAUCCAGUAAGCGACGCCGAUUCGAUCCGUAUCAACAUUAGGCAAGGAGCCAACAAAAUAGCUGCAGCUGUACAAAUUGGUAGCUCAAUGGCAACCGAAGCGAAUUUGGUGAAGGCAACCUUUACUGUUCGCAGAGCCGGCCAGUAUCAUAUUGAUAUUAAUUUGGGGUCCAUUCCCAUCCGGGGCAGUCCAUUUGUCAAAUACUUCCGACCGGGUCCACCCGAUCCUUCCAAAACUACGCUUGUUCGUCCAACAUCGAUGGUGGUCUGUACGGCUGGUAUCUCUCAUCAGUUGCUUCUGGAACCUCGUGAUGAAUACGGCAACUAUUGUUCAUGGAACCAUGAUGCCCCAGGACAGCAAAAAGCCCUUGAUGCAUUUUCCUGCGAAGCGUAUGCAAUAGGGUCAUCCGACAUAGUAAGACCUCUUGUUCAGUGGCUUUGGGUGGAGUUGAUGCACCGACUCAUCAUCAACGUAACAUUCAACGAAGAAGGCAUUUACGGAGUUCGUCUUAAACUUGAUGAUAGCAUAAUUAACAAAGGCGAAUUCAACAUGAUUGCACUGUCGAGAAGCGAAGCCGUUCAAGUCGAGAAGGCCCUUGUAACAAGAACGGCAACGUACGAAACAAAACUGCUGACGAUCAAUGGAGAGAAGUGGAAUAAGAACAAAAAAGUGUUUUUCUCCAUUUCACCAAAACAAAUCGCCUUGAAAGAAUAUAUUCUUGGAAUCAUUCCCAAACGUUUGGCGACUUUCCGCUUGUGUCCAGCAACCAAAGUUACAUUUCUUAAAAAUACCAAUAAACAGGAAUUCCCUGUUUUGGUUAUUGAAGAUGGCGCGCAGUUCACCGUAGAGUUGUCCAGCAAAGAAGCGCACCUUAUGGCCGCAUCUUUUGCGCAUUAUCUACUAAAAAAUAUUGGUGGCUCGGAAACUUUUACCGACAAGCAAGGAUUUUUUUAUCAAGAAAUUCGAAAAUUUCAUCAGAAAAAGCCGCACGAGAAAUUAUUGCUUCGCGUCGAACGUGACAAAAUCUUGGAAUCGUCAAUGAAAUUGACAAAGUCUUUCAGUACCACCGAUUGGUGCAGAAAUUAUGAAAUAAGUUUUAUCGGUGAACAAGGCCUUGAUUGGGGAGGAUUGCGUCGUGAAUGGAUCGAGUUACUUUGCGUUGCCAUUUUCGACCGGAGACACAGUGGUUUGUUUACCAGUUUCUCUGAGGACGGCCAGGCGUUAGUCCAUCCAAAUCCCAAGAUGCCUGCAUCUUGUAAGCUAAAACACUAUGAAUUUGCCGGUAAAUUGGUCGGUAAAUGUCUCUACGAGUCUUCACUGGGAGCCACUUACCGGCAGUUGAUAAAAGCGCGUUUCACUCGAUCGUUUCUCGCCCAGUUGAUAGGACUUCGUAUUAAUUACAAGUACUUUGAACACGACGAUCCUCCACUAUUUCUAUCGAAAAUCAAAUACAUUGAAGAGAACGACGUUUCGGAUAUGGAACUGACGUUCACAGAAGAUGAAUACGACGAACAAGGAAAACUAUUUCGGACUGUGGAAUUGAUCCCAGCCGGAACUCGGAUAGCAGUUGACAACGUCAACAAAUACCGAUAUCUAGAUGCUUUAGCCCAGCAUCGGUUAGUAAACUCCGUCAGAGAUCAAGUCGAUGCGUUUAUCCGUGGAUUAGGUGAAUUGGUCCCCGAUAAUCUUCUUAGCAUCUUUGACGAAAACGAACUCGAGCUGCUCGUUUGCGGCACAAGCGAUUAUAGCGUUGCCGAGAUGAAGGCGCACCAUGCUGCCAUUGGUUCUUCUCCGGAAUUCCAGAAAGUAUUAUCUUGGUUUUGGACAGCCGUCACAAAUUUCGGAUCAGAAGAAAUGUCUCGCCUACUCCAGUUCACCACUGGAUCGUCGCAGCUACCACCCGGGGGAUUGAGUGAACUUCAACCCAAACUUCAAAUCGCGGCUUCUCCGUGCUUUGGCACCCUUCCCACCGCACAUACUUGUUUCAAUCAGUUAUGUCUGCCUGACUACGAAAACUACGAACAAUUUGAAAAGGCCUUGUUGAUAGCUAUAAAUGAAGGCAGCGAAGGAUUCGGUUUAGUUUAACUCAUUGAAAACGAGUAGCAACGAAGUUUUGUACUUGUUUAUUCUCCAAGUCAAUCGAACAGAAAAUACUAGUUUCGGCGGUUUUGUUUAGAUAUUUUGUCCAGUGCGGUGUGUGUACUUAUAUAUUAACUAAUAAUCUCACCAACAGGACCUUUCUGCAAAUUCUUAUCAUAUGUACUUAGUUGUUAGCUCAACAGUCUUUUUCUACCAAUAUUUCGAUUGAAAGAGGAUCAUAAUAACCGAUGUUAUAAAAUAUCAUACACCUCCCUCCCAGUUGCAGCUCAUUCCCACUAUACAUAGCUAUACUGUUAUUGUUGAAGUACAUUUGUCAUCAAUACACCAGUUCUCACUUUA